UGCCACAGUGCCGGUGGGUUGUACCGAUUUCGUGACUUGUUGUUCAAGAGACUGCAAUGCCCCCUAAAAAAGAAGCUGCUCAAGAACAGAAACCUCUUAUUGGACGUAUUGGUACAAGUCUGAAAAUAGGAAUUGUUGGACUCCCAAAUGUUGGCAAAUCUACCUUCUUCAAUGUGCUGACAAAAAGUGCAGCACCUGCAGAGAAUUUUCCAUUUUGCACCAUUGAUCCGAAUGAAAGUAAGGUAGCAGUCCCUGAUGAAAGGUUUGAUUGGCUGCUUCAGCAUUAUAAACCUUCAAGUCCCAAAAUUGAAGCUUACCUAAACAUAGUGGAUAUUGCCGGAUUAGUAAAAGGAGCUCAUGAAGGCCAAGGUUUGGGAAAUGCAUUUCUUUCUCACAUAAGGAGCGUCGAUGCGAUUUUUCAUCUAUGCCGUACUUUUGAGAGUGAAGAGGUAACUCAUGUGGAAGGCGACGUCAAUCCUGUGCGAGAUAUUGAAAUCAUCAAUGAAGAACUUAGGUUGAAAGAUGAAGAAUCUCUGACGGCUGCAAUUAAAAAAGUGGAAUCACUUAUGCGUACAGAUAAAAAGAUGAAGACAGAAUACGAUAUUCUUUGCAAAAUUAAGACUCAUCUUGUUGACCAAGGAAAACACAUUCGUUACGGAGAUUGGAACGUGCAAGAAAUCGAUGUUCUGAACAAGCAUUUGUUUAUCACAUCUAAACCUGUUAUUUAUCUGGUUAACAUGGCAGAAGCCGAUUAUAUCCGGAAGAAGAAUAAGUGGUUACCAAAGCUCAAAGAAUGGAUCGAUAUAAAUGAUCCAGGUGCCAUUAUGUUACCGUUUUCCGGGACCUUGGAAGCCAAGCUAGCUGAUAUGGAUGCCAACACAAGUAAUGCUUUUUGUGAAGAAAAGAAAACUAGCAGUGCUUUCAAUAAGAUUAUUGCUCAGGGCUAUAAGUCUUUGAAUUUAAUGUACUUCUUCACCGCGGGCCCUAAUGAGGUCAAAGCUUGGACCAUUCAAGUCAGUCACACACAUGCUUGUAAACAAAAACAAUUCUCAAACCAAAUUUUUACCUGCUUGUUACAGAAAGGAACCAAGGCACCACAGGCAGGUGGUCGAAUUCAUUCAGAUUUUGAAAAAGGUUUCAUUAUGGCAGAGGUAUUUAAAUUUGCUGACCUGAAAGAAGAAGGCAGUGAGGCAGCCGUUAAAGCUGCAGGGAAGUACCGACAACAAGGAAAACUUUAUGUUGUAGAAGAUGGAGAUAUAAUUUUGUUCAAGUUCAAUGCUGGGGCUGGUCUCACAGUUGGAAAAGAUGUAAAAAAGAAAUGAUCCUUUUGUUGCGUUUAUAUUUUUCCCGACGUCGAACCAUGGGUACACCCGGAAAAUUA